GCGCAUGCUCACUAAAGGAGGACCCUCUUUGCGACGUGUGGAGAGAUAGGAGAAAGGGAUAGCCACAAUGAGUAAGGUAUCACGUGAGACACUGUACGAGUGCAUCAGGUCGCUCCUUGAGAGCUCCGAAAAGAAAAAGAGAAAGUUUCUUGAGACAGUCGAGCUCCAGAUUGUGUUGAAGAAUUACGAUCCUCAGAAAGACAAACGUUUUAGUGGUACCAUCAAGUUGCGUAAUAUACCACGUCCUAAAAUGAAGGUCUGUGUAUUGGGUGAUGCAUCACAUUGUGACGAGGCCAAUGCAGCUGGCAUACCGUGUAUGGACGUCGAAGCAUUGAAGAAACUGAACAAAGACAAGAAGCUGGUUAAGAAACUAGCUAAGAAGUAUGAUGCAUUUUUGGCUUCUGACAGUCUAAUUAAGCAGAUCCCACGUCUCCUUGGGCCUGGUCUGAGCAAAGCUGGAAAGUUUCCUACGCUUGUCACCCACAGUGAGAGUCUGACGCAGAAAGUAGAUGAAGUCAAAGCUACCAUUCGUUUCCAAAUGAAAAAGGUGCUCUGUUUGGCUGUUGCUAUUGGCAAUGUCAGCAUGACUGAGGAUGAGUUGGCUUCUAAUGUGACCCUUGGAAUCAACUUCCUUGUGUCCCUCCUAAAGAAGAACUGGCAAAAUGUCCGAGCUCUCUACAUCAAGUCAACAAUGGGUCCAGCACAGCAACUGUAUUAAGCUGGAGUAUUAUUACGCGAGGAGAAAUAUUUGAACAGAUUUGAAAUAUUUUGAUUAUAUGUACUGUAAUGAAAAAUAAUGUUCUUUUUCUCAGAAAGAUAAAUACAUUAUUAUAUUAUUACAAGA